CUUCACUAUUCAACCAUCAUGAAUGGACGAAUCUGCUCAUUAUUGGUACUUUCUUGCUGGGCUGGGGGGUUAUCACUAAUUCUAGUUCCAUCCUUGGUUUUCUUUCAAAUGCCAUUUUGUGGUCCCAACAUCAUCAAUCAUUUCUUUUGUGACAAUGGACCACUGAUCAAACUAGCGUGUGUUGACAUCAGGCUCCUAGAACUGAUUGAUUUUGUGAUUGCCAUAUUCUCUCUGCUUGGGACUUUAAGUGUUAACAUUGUGUCUUAUGUCAAAAUCAUUUCCACAAUUCUGCGCAUCCCAUCAACUACAGGGAGGAAGAAGACCUUUUCCACUUGUGCUUCUCACAUGACUGUGGUCUCCAUCACUUACAGCAGUUGUAUUUUCAUGUACAUCAAGCCAAAAGGCACCAGCAAAUUAGAGUUCAACAAAAUAGUGGCUCUUUUGAAUACUGUCAUAGCAUCUCUUUUAAUCCCAUUCAUAUAUUGUUUGAGGAACAGACAAGUGCAGGAUGCUUUGAGGGCUGAACUGAAACAAUGGAUUUGGUUUUGCAAGAAAUUGAGAUGA